CCAGUACCUGCACCUUCUCCUACUUCCUUGUUAGUGUCUAUCUCGAUCUUCAUCUCACAUCGUGAGGCAACCCCUCGAUUAAAGCGUGCUGCUUCCUCUCGUAUUUGCAAGAUCGCAUCAUUGGAGUAGGCAUGAACAUCUUCAAGAGCUUAAUCGGCAAAGUGUGGCAGGAUCCCAAUGCCGCCGAGGUCGUCAAGAUUCCCGCCGGUCAACUUUACCUUGUUCGCCCAGGAAACAUCCGGACUUCCCGGGAAUGCAUAUACAAUGACGCCAUGGCUACCAUCCGACGCGUUUCUGCUGUGGAACAUCACUUCCAGCUUGUUAUCACACGAGUUUACGAAGAAGGGGACCAAGAGUUACUGGAAGAUGAGGACGAGACGGACGAGGAGAAGACAUUUCUGAUCGCAGAAGAGCUUGAAUUCCGAACUGGAGAAACUGACGGUGAACCGCAUUUCAUUUGGCGCGAUCUACAAGGCGACGUGGACGAGUUUUACGAGUAUGUGGCGGUCGGCACGAACGCGCCGACCCGUGCGUUCUUCGAAACUUGCAUGUACCGAGCCAUGUAUGAGCGCAAGUAUAAGGCUGGCGCAGACAAUCUCAGCGAUAAGGAUCUGGAGGAGUUUGUAUUCAAACCUCCUAUUGUGAAUCCACCUGUGCGCCGAAAGAAAGUCGCUGCACCUCAAGAGACUGUUGUCGCAUCUGCUCCUGUCGCCCCAGCAGCAGUCUCUGCGCUUGCCGACUUUCCUGUUCUAAUUGAGAAAGAGGCGGCUCUAUUCUUCUGGGACAGCGAUAUCGCUGAAUUUGUUGAGCACGGUCAAGUUGUGGCACGAAUCUUACGCGGGGAAUCCUUUGAAAGCUGGUUGACGGCUUCCAACGAGGACGGACAACUGCUAGCGCACAAGAUACGCACUGAAAUGAACCAGCGAUGGACAAGCAAGAUGAGAUCGUUCACAUGGAAUCAUAUGGGGGAUGACGGUAACAUGACCAGCUGGGUCAUGCGUUUUGGUUCCCUCGAAGACUACGAGCCUUUCCUCCAAACUUUCACGCAAGCGCUAUGGGAGACGCUAUACCAAACGGCGUGGGCCAAAGCUAAGCCUGAUGAGCAAAGCUAUGUGAUGAGCGCAAAUGAAGACGUGGACAUGCCUGAUGUAUCUGAUGACGAGGAAGACGAAGAUCAGAUCCAUUCGGAGUUGGGCGCUGACGAGCCCAGUGAUUCGGAAGACGAGGAGACAGAAGAAGAGGAAGAAGAUGACGAGGACAAUCCUCGACCCGCUGACGGUGAACACAACUCACAGCUCACUGUUGGAUACAAGGGAGACAGAUCCUACGUUGUCCGAGGCAGCAAGAUCGGGUUCUUCACGAGGGGCAGCGAUUUUAAUAUGAAAUACGGGGGCACUAUCGACAAGCUUACUACACCGAAGGGCAAGGAGUUCCGCCCCAGCAAGGUCAUGCUGCACGAUCAAGACACCAAGAUGGUCCUGAAGAAUCCACUCGAUCCACAUUCGCUCUAUAGUCUGGACUUGGAGCGCGGAAAGAUAGUGGAAGAAUGGAAGGUGCAUGACGACAUACAAGUGGAUCAUAUCGCUCCCGAGAGCAAGUUUGCGCCUACGACACAAGAGCAAACACUCGUCGGCGCCUCUCACAACGCGCUGUUCAGGAUUGAUCCGCGUGUUUCGGGAACGAAGAUGGUUGAGAGUCAGUUCAAGCAGUAUGUUGCCAAGAACAAGUUCUCCGGUGUUGCUACGACCAAGGACGGUAAGCUAGCCGUAUCGAGUGAGAAGGGAGACCUCCGGCUGUUCGACUCGAUCGGGAAAAAUGCCAAGACAGCCCUGCCGCCAUUGGGCGACCCCAUUCUCGGUGUCGAUGUCACCGCCGACGGACGUUACAUUGUGGCCACUACGAAAACAUAUCUGCUUUUGAUUGAUACCUUGAUCGGUGAGGGCCGGUAUGCAGGUAGCCUAGGCUUCGACCGGAGCUUCCCGGCGAAUGCCAAGCCGAUUCCUCGUCGAUUGCAGCUUCGCGCUGAACACGUGGCCUACAUGAAUCACGACAUCUCGUUCUCACCAGCUAGGUUCAACCAAUCUGAGACCGACUCUGAGAACACUAUCGUCACGUCCACUGGCCAAUUUGUGAUUGCUUGGGACUUCAGCAAAGUCAAGAAGGGCUUGCUGGACAAAUACGAAAUCAAAAAGUAUGAGGAUAUGGUUAUUCAAGAUAACUUUAGGUUUGGAGACGACAAAGAAAUCAUUGUCGCCCUCAAGAACAAUGUCGUUGCCGUGAACAAGCAACAUCUCAAACGCCCGACCCGAGCCUCGCUCGGUGUUCCGCGCCGGGUUUCGCAGAGCCACUCUGCCAUAGUCAAUGCACCGUACUAGUCUAAUCUGUCUGCAUUUCAGGGUGAUAUGCUUUGCUGUGUAUUCCUAGGAGGGAUUAAGAUAACCUGUACAAUUACAUUUAUGCUGAUGAUCUCGUAGUUGGCCCAUCGCGGCUGUCGACAUAACGGCCGACGCCCAUGAACCACAUGACCCGUGGAAUAAGGAGAGAAAACCCAAGGAGAACAGUCGUGACCAGCAUUGGACUCCAUUUCAGCACAUCCCAUCGCCCAGGUCCAAGCGCGUAUAGUGACAGAUAUAGGUGCGCAAUGUCCCCUAUAAGUAGGGGUAUCAGGAGAGCCGAAGCAAUCUUUUGUACCGCGUGAGAUUAUGCAGGUGAGUGAGACCCGGGAGCACGCGCCUUCUCCUGGAGAGCCGGAUUGAAGGCCAGAUGUUUGCGAGCAGCCGAAAGGAUACAGACGUUGAUUAAGCCCAGUAGUGCACAGACAUGUCCAAGUUGUACGAUUGUUAAUCGCGUGGCGAGCGGUAGCCCAUCAGGAGCGAUUCCGCUGUGAAAAUCAAGCUCGGUAUGUGCGCAUACAUCCGGAAAUUCUCACACACUUCGGCCAGGGGGCUUGGGAAUCAUGGGUCUUCAGGGAGGCAGUUGAGAUGAGUGCGACAAGGUCAUAGGCAUGGAACGACGUACAGCUUUGGGAUCUCUGGGUUGUGUCAGGCACAACGCACAAGAUACGGGACGAACCAGCACUCACAUCAACGCGCCCAGAAAGCCGAUCGUGGUCAGACACGGUUCAUAUAUGGCAAAGAGCACAUAAUAGUGGGUGGGUAUCGCGGAUAUGGAUGAAGAUCGCAUCUUGGGUUGCUGCCCCCCGCGCUGAACGGGUAAUGGCGACGGACCCUUGAGCCGAGAAACUAAAUCUGAAGGAUUGCGGCGGGGACUGCCCAUGAAAUGCCGAGGACUUGGCAAAUCGAGCUGACGGCACCGUGCAAGCUGUUGGCGUGGAGGUUGGGGUAUAGGUAGAGUGGUGGAGAGAACGGUGCCUGAUACUUGUUUGUGCCAUUUAUAACACGUCGUCGCGAAAGCCAGUCUUGAUGAAACCGCAUCACGAAGGCCAAUUGAAGGAUGAAGGGGGCCGGUGCCGAAUACGUCUGACGUAAGGGCUUACGCAAGCACCAGCUAUAAAAGCAAAAUUCCUCCCCCAAAUUUUCUCAUCUUACAUCUUGGGCUACUGUAAACCAAGGUGCACGGCAAUGUUGAUGCCGUUCCACCUAAUGGCGGGGCCCUAGAAGACACUGACGGAUAUAAUGCUUGCGUGUCUCUUCCGACUGCACACGAGCUUCGCUUCCUUCGAACACGCUGUCCAUCAGCCUCCUCAAUGCGGCAGUCGUACCUGGGUCGUUCAUCACUUGCCUGUCCCGUCGGAGUGGGAGCUAUUCUGUUGGUACGGAAGCAGUUGGAUUUUAGAUGUCGCGUGUAGUAGGAAAAAAAAACUUUUUACAAUCGAUCCAAUCAAGAUUUUAUAUUCACUACUAUCACUGCUCGUGUCUUUUCGAACAGUUGGCAAGCAUGCUAAUGAGUGCGGUCGUGAUUGGUGGACCAAUACGACCGGGAAGUGAUUGUUUCGGACGCUCACUGUCGUUCUUCCCUCCUUCGACUCAUGUGGCAUGGGCCCUGCCCUCCCUUCCCAAUCUGAACCCCCACUGGUUCCCAAGACGUUCCAUCCUUUCUCUCCAGAUGUUAUCGCAUUGCUUAUGCCCUUUUCCGUGUUCGGAGUGCUUGCGCGACUGGGUUUGACUGCGUUGACGACAUACAAUGGACAAAGUAUCUUCGCGCUCAUAUACUCUCAAGCGCUCGGUUGCUUCGUCAUGGGGUUCUGUUUGGCUUUGAAAGAUCCGUUCAGCCGGUACUAUCCCCCAGCGUACACAGCUCUUACCUCCGGUUUCUGUGGCUCCUUGACAACAUUCUCUAGCUGGCAGCUAGACAUAUACAAAUCAUGGAUCAGCGCAGGCGGUGAUUCGCGUUCCGGGCUGAGCGAUGCAAUAGAUGGCAUAUGCAAAAUUGUCUUCACUGUUUCAGUGUCGCUGGCGUCCCUUCAAUAUGGCAUGCACGUCGCCCGGCUUGCGGUCCAGGCACAGCUCUUCCCUACCCUCUCUCCGCCAGGGAAACUUGCACGUGUCACAUUCAUGGUUAUCAGCGUGUGUGUUUAUGCUGCAACAUUGCCAACGUUUUUCCUCCUUCCCAGAGCAUAUCGCCCUGACGCCACCGCCGCUAUGCUCUUUUCGUUCCCCGGCACGCUCACCCGCUACGUCCUUGGGAUUCUCCUCAACCCUGUCGUCCCAGCAUUCCCGCUAGGGACGUUCGCUGCCAACAUGUUGGGCACCGCGCUUCUGUCCGCCUUUCAUAGCCUACAGAGCAUAUCGAACCAUCCUGUGUCUCCUGCCAGCUGCGAUAUCUUGCAAGGGUUGGCGGAUGGAUAUUGCGGGUGUCUGACUACAAUCAGCACAUUCUUCGCGGAAGUAUGGACGCUGAAGAACGUUGGGCACCGAUAUAGAUACGCACUGGUCACAGGGAUCCUGGGUCAAAUUAUCGUUAUCUGUAUCUUUGGCGGUCCACUUUGGGGUGGCAAAGUUUCGACGACGCAGACCUGUCUUUUUGACUAGCUUGAGGCUCAUCGCGAGUCCCGGCGCCAUCCACAACGCCCAGUAGAAUCACAUCUGAUAAUAAAUCGUGUGCGGGAAUAAAGCAAAUAGAGGAAGUGAGCGGUCGCAGACGUGAUAUUCACUGAGUUGCGCGCUUGUGAGAGUCAGCUCUCA